AUGUGGCUUGCGAAACACGUCGCGUCACUGGCUCUAGCGGCGACAAUUGGCCAUGUUGUGUGUCAGGAACAGAAACCACUGAUCGAUGUAAUAGCUUCCGAGUCAUUCUUUACCGUCCGUGAGCAAUCUCCCGAUCUCUGCGAUGCUGAAUCGCGCCAAUGGACAGGUACUGUCAAUAUCACGGCUGAUAAGUCAAUGUUCUUCUGGUACUUUGAAAGUCGUAAUAAGCCUCAGACCGACCCUUUGUUGCUAUGGAUGAGCGGUGGACCUGGUGCAGCUGGAGAGAUGGGCCUCUUCAUGGGCAGUGGGCCUUGUGUCGUUAAUCGAGAUGGGAAUUCAACUCGCCGUCUAGAUUAUUCUUGGACCGAUCAAGCUAACGUUGUCUAUAUCGAUCAACCCGUAGGUGUUGGUUUCUCAAAAAUCACAGAUCGCGAUGAUAUUGCCGUCAGCCUCGAACAAGGUGCUCGCGAUGUACACUCUUUCCUCUCAACUUUCUCUCAAGACGUCUUUCCCGAACUCGCAGGUCGACCUUGGCAUAUUACUGGUGAAUCAAUGGGUGGCCAUUACGUGACAGGCUACACACAACACAUUGUUUCCCAAGAACAGAAUAAUGAGAGGCUCGGCGUUGAGCCACGCAUCAACAUCUCAUCUGCAAUCAUCGUGGAUGGCUAUAUAGAUGCAACGCGGCAGUUUAUCGGUUACUAUGACUUUUUCUGCAAAGACUGGGCUAAGGAUGGUCGCAAAGCGCCGCUGAUGAACAAUACAGCGUGUACUAUCAUGGCUGCAGCGAUACCAGAGUGUGAAAAACUGGCGAUCCGGUGCCGGGAGUCUUACGACAUUUCUGAAUGUAAAGCCGCGAAUGAAGUCUGCGAAGAGACCAUUGGCGAAUACUUUCUAGAUGGUGUCAAAAAAGGAGGCUGGGACCCCUACGAUGAUCGACAUCCUUGCGAAGAACCUCCCAUAUGCUCCAACCUCGACCACGGACCUACGUGGAAGUUUUUGAACCAACGUUGGGUUCAACAAAAGCUUGGUUUCAGGAACUUUUCCUUUGAUCUAAUUGAUUUUGACACCAAUAAGCGAUGGGAUCAGGCUGAAAACCUCCAUUUGCCUGUUACUCGAGAGUUGACCUGGAUCUUGGACAAUACAAACAUAUCAGUCCUCUUCAUAAACGGCAAUGAUGAUAUUAUCAUCAACACACCAGGACAAAUGAGCAUGUUAGACAACCAGCCAUGGGGAGGACAGGAACUGUACCGCAGCCUUAAAUACGAUGCCUGGCACUACGAGAAUGGAGAAUUGACGUCGAAUAUUGAGGGCUGGAAUGCCAAAAGAGGAGGCUUUUGGAAGGGAAACGAUCGUUUAGCACUUUAUGCUGUUGACGAAGCAGGACAUUUGUCGGCACAUCAUCAACCAGAGGCCAUUGGGGCGAUAGUACGGUCAUGGCUUCGCAGCCACCACGAAUGA